GCACCGACCGAGCUUCCACGCUUCCCGUGCUGGUGCAAGGCCACGUACUCAUGGGGCGGCGAGACGAAGAAAGACUUGGGCUUUAUCGAAGGCGACUUGAUUGAAGCGCUGAAUGCUGGUGAUGGCUCGUGGUGGAUGGGCAGAUUGCGACGAGACCCACGCGCGAUUGGUCUCUUUCCAUCGAAUUUCGUGACUGUCCUGGCCGAGUCCUUCCAGCCAGCACCCAACAGCCGCAAUGUCACUCCGCAGUCGAAGCCGGGCAAGACGGACUCGCAGAAGGGCAAGUCGGUCUUCAGGAAGCCCUAUCAAGCAUAUGAAGUGUUGGGUAAACGCGGUAGCCUAGACAGGGAAGGCACGCCGGAGAGCGACAUCGAGAAGAAGAAGGAAAAGAGCAAGUUCAAGCCGUAUUCUAGUAUGAAGACGGCCCAGGCGCCUACGGGAACGAUCAAGAAGCAUAAUGGUGUACCUAUUAUACCGAUCGAUGAUGCUCCGAGGAUACCAGAUCCCGUGCCCAGGCAUGGCUCUUCGCGCCGGCCGCGAAGCCCUAUGCCAGCUAUGGAGAGGCCCGUUCAGAGACAGAUCGAACCGCCUGCUCCUUCUGCCUCACCAACUCCUACACCCACUUAUCCAGGCUAUGUGCCAUACCGUGCGUCAUUACCACAUUCAGCAUACGUCGAUCAAGCUCCGCCACGCUCUCAUUCUCCCUUACCGACUACGUAUCACGAUGGAUCUGCUUAUCCGCAGAUCCUCACUAUUUCUCGUGGACCUUCACCUGCACCGUUCGAUGAGCCGCAAUAUCUUUCAAGACCGCCUUUCAGAUAUGGGUACGAAGACGAGUUUGGACUAGAGUCUUCUUCGCCGCCUCCUCCGCCGCCAGCACAUCGUGUCGCCUAUCAGCCGAGCAGAGCACCGUCGCCGCAGCCGGAAGACUACAUGCACCACGAGCAAGCUAGGAAUGGUACUCAGACUCCGGUACCUCCAUCACCUGCUGGCAGCCACAUGACUCCUUCUCCAUUGCGUGAUGCCAUAAAUGGUGUCAUGUCUUCGUUGCAGGAUAUGAGCUCUUUCUCACAAUCUCCACCUGCAGAAAAUAGACCAUCAACAUCAUCAAAUACCACGCCCAGAACCGGCGCUGCAAAUGCGCGCUCUACCAUAGGAACUGCAAGCAGACCUGAAAGCCGUGCCGGCAGUCGGUCAGCAAGUCCAGUGAAGGGCAUUAUCGGGCACAACGGCCCGACUGCAAUUGAAGGAGGCACUGGUGUAAGGCCGCAGACUGCACCCGGCUCUGUAGCGCGGGACAUGGGUCUGGGCGGUGGCGGAGACUGGAUGCAGGUUCGUCGCGAUGUCAACCGGUCAAACUCGCUGAGUCAACGAGAACGGGACGACAGAGCAGAGCGAUGCGAGAUGCAUGACUUACCAGUUCUACGUCCCAUUGAUGAGCUUCACGACCUCGUGGAAGGUGACGAGAGUUUGGACGGCCUUCCGAUCACAGAGCCGACCGACUUCAAUCUACCAAACCUCCAGCUAGUUGACAAGAGUACUCGCUUCGUGCAGAAUGUGCCGCCUAUGAUCAGUGCAGCAUCGUUGGCUCAGAACUAUGUCUGCCGACCGCAUCGCAGCGAUGUCCAGCGGUUGCGGGCCAUUUUCACUUGGGUGUCGGAACGCAUCACUUGGGAGGACGACUAUGAAGGUAAGAUUGAUACCCGGCGAGCGAUACAGACCAAGCGAGCAUGCAGUGAGGAAAUUGCAUAUGUUGUUCGCGAUAUGUGUAACGCUGUUGGCCUGCACUCUGAGGUCGUGCGCGGUUACCUCAAAACACCCGGCGAGUCUUUGGACCUGGACACAAUUGCUCGUCCGAAUCACUUCUGGAACGCUGUGAUCGUCGAUGGCGAAUGGCGUAUUAUGGACUGUGCUCUUGCAAGUCCGACCCAUCCUCGCCGGAGUGCUUACAGCGCUGCCAGUACACAAGUCGCUGAAUCGUGGUACUUCCUUGCGAGACCAAUAGAGAUCUGCUAUACGCAUAUACCUCUCUUGCCCGAACAGCAACAUGUCGUACCACCAGUGGACCACCAGGUCCUGGUCGCUCUGCCAUGUGCGUGUCCUGCGUACUUCAGGAACAAUGUUGAAAUGUUCAGCUUUGACACAAGCAUGUUGCAUCUGGAGAAUCUCGAAAUGACGCAUCUCCAUGUCAACGUACCGGAAGACGUCGAGUGUAUUGCUGAGACAGAGGCACGAGGCUUUGCGCAGGAUGGUGACGGAGAUGUCUUUGAGACAGGCGAGAUCGUCACCAAGAAAGCUUUCGCGCAGGCUGAGUGGAUUGGAGGGCGGAAGCGCUUCACGAUCAAAGCUUUGCUGCCUGGUGAAGAAGGACAUGGCGUGCUCAAGAUCUAUGCCGGCAAACGCGGACUGAUGCAUUCGAUCAAGGAUAAUCCGCACGCAAUGGCUGUUGCGCUGCCACUCACUCACGCUGGGCAGAACCCGCCGUAUGAGUUCGUGACACGUCACCCAACUCCUCACGCGCAGAGGCAUGACCUUUACAUUGCACAACCGCAAUGCGGACGAUUGACGCUGAACAACACGUUCGUGUUCUGCGUGCGGCAGCACCCAUCGUCACUCUCUCGCUUUUCGCCUGAUACUUGGGGCACGAACACCUCAACUAAUGGUCGUCCUCAGAGCCCCAACCCUGCCAAUAUUGUCCGUCCGUCAAGCGCCAUGAGCAUGAUCUCCAUGAAUGCCUCUCAAGUCGGCUCCAAUUAUGGGUCGGAGUCCGGCAGCUCAAACUCUGGUAGCGGCAUGACAGCCGCUCAGCAGAAGCCCGCGAAGCUCGCCAUCCAGUCUCCGAGCCAGAAGAUCAUCCGCCUGACAAGAAAGCAAGAGCAUACUAGCCGGAAUGUCGAAGAGGACAUGGGUCUCACGACGAGUUGGGAGACUGUCAUCAAGAUUGGCGAGCGAGGCACUUGGAGAGGUCUUGUUCUCGCCGAUCGCAGUGCGAGAUGGUGCGUGUUUGCGGAGUGGGAGUGC